GUAGAAAACAAAUAAAUACUCUCUACUGAUGUUCUCCAAUAUGAUUAUCAGUUUUCUAUUGAUUGUUUUAUUGUAUUAACAACCAUGGUUCACUAUAAGCUUACAUAUUUCUUGUCUCGUGGACUUGGAGACGUUUCUCGUCAGCUGUUCCAUUUGGCAGACGUAGAUUUCGAAGACGAGAGGCUUGAAAAGCCUCACUUUUUGGAGAAGAAAGAGACAUAUCCAUUCAAACAAGUCCCAGUGCUCUCUGUUGAUGGAUUUCAAAUUCCCCAAUCUAUGGCAAUUGCUAGGUACUUGGCAAAGAAGUUUGGAUUCGCAGGAAAAACAGCUGAAGAGUCAGCAAUGGUGGAUGCAUUUGUCGACCAAUUCAAAGACUUUUACUCCGAAAUUCGUGACUAUUACUACACCAUGUUAGGUCUUGGAUUGACUGAUCUGGACGGUGAUGAACAGAAGGAUAAGGUCCUGAUUCCGGCAAGAGACAAAUUUCUGCCACUUCUUACCAGAUAUCUUGAGAAGAGCAAGUCAGGAUUUUUAGUGGACGGAGGCCUUACUUUUGCUGAUUUGAUUAUUCUUGAUAACAUGACGUCGCUUCUCAAUUGGUGGCCAGAAUAUGCAAAUGAUUAUCCAGUGAUUCUUGCUUGGAGGGAUAAGGUGAUGAACUAUCCGAGAUUGAAAGAAUACAUUGAGAAGAGACCAGUCACUAUGUACUAAUUUUAUAGAAUUAAAGUUUAAUUUUUCAUAGAUUUUUUAAAAAAAGUUCAAAUAAACUAUUAUUUUAAA